AUGCGGCCUGAUGACAUUAAUCCGAGGACUGGGCUGGUGGUGGCCCUGGUCAGUGUCUUCCUGGUCUUUGGCUUCAUGUUCACCGUCUCUGGGAUGAAGGGAGAGACGCUGGGCAACAUCCCUCUCCUGGCCAUCGGGCCAGCCAUCUGCCUACCAGGCAUUGCGGCCAUUGCCCUGGCCAGGAAAACCGAGGGGUGCACCAAGUGGCCCGAGAAUGAGCUGCUGUGGGUCCGCAAACUGCCCUGCUUCCGGAAACCCAAAGACAAGGAAGUCGUGGAACUGCUGAGGACCCCUUCGGACCUGGAGUCGGGCAAGGGCAGCUCCGAUGAGCUGGCGAAGAAGGCCGGCCUGAGAGGGAAGCCAUUGCCUCAGGGGCAGCGUGAGGUGCCCAUGGCCAGCUCCAUCACCUCCCCCAGCCCCACCCCCACCCCCACGGAGGAGAGAGAAGCCCAGAGCCUGGUCCCCAGCUGCCGUCCCGAGGAGACAUCCAGAUACCUGGACGGCUACUGUCCCUCAGCCAGUUCCCUCGCCUACAGUGCCUUGGAUGCCAAGUGCUCCGCCUGGGACAGGUCGGACUGCCCUGAGCCCGAGGAUAGCAUCUUCUUUGUGCCCCAGGACAGUGUGAUCGUUUGCUCCUACAAGCAGAACAGCCCCUACGACAGAUACUGUUGCUACAUCAAUCAGAGCCAAGGCAGGUGGGACCAUGAGACAAUAGUCUGACCUGGGCAUCCAAGGGUCCGGCGGCUGCACUGAUAGCAACAUGACGCUCAGCUCCCAAUGGGAUGAAGUGGCUCUGCUCCAACAACCUCUACACUGUCAGGUGUUGACCUGGUACGUGAUGAGCAUGCACACCUCUGGUGCCUGAGAGUCGUGUACAUAGGCAUGAGGGGAUACAUUUUAGGGGAGGAUGGAUGAGGAGUAAGGACACUGGCAGAGGUCCCAAUUCUUUCUGAAUGAAUGAAAACAAAGUUCAAGGUUUGGUUGAGAGCAAGAUAAACUGACAGUGGGCUGUGGACCCCAGGUUUCCAAUGAUGCCUGGGGUAGCCACGGGGAGAGUGGGGUGCUUUGUAUGUGAAGAAACCAAAAGAAAACAAAGUUAGUGCUUUGUUAGGAAAUUGUGUUUGCCUGUUGAAAAGCUUUUCACACUUGGUAAUUGCUGAGAAAGAGAGAAAAAAAAUAGUCAUGAUAAUGAUUCUAUCAUUAAACCAUGGAUUGAUGGAUGUUUUGGAGGAUGAGGAGUUAAAAAUAAAAAAAACACAGCUGAAAUGUAUGAUCUAGUUUAGUGGCAGUGUUCUCAGAGAAGAUAAGUGUGACCAGCUAAUGGAAAGUUUGUUUUAGGUUGAUGUGUCACUACUUAAAUUCUUUGUUUCAAUUGAUUUCCUGGGUCCUUGUCUUAAAAAAAUAAUUAAACAUUAUUA